ACAAGCCAGCCUUGGUUGGAUUUUGUUCAAGUAGCUUGAGCCUAUUUAUGAAAUAUUCUUGUUAGAGGAUUGUGCAGUGUGCUGAACUGAAUGAGCUCCUAAACUGGAAAUUUACUUCCUGUUUUGAAAAUGUUUAAAAUAAAUUUGAGUUAACGGAUCUUAAAUUUAUUUAACCCUUAAAUUUAAAUUUAAAUUUAUUUAACCCUAAAUAACCCUAACCCUAACCCUAACCCAGCUUACGCUGAAUACCUGCUGAAUGGGAUAGAAAUGGUGCCUGAUUAUGUAGCGUUACAUGCAGAGGGAAUGAUGAAAUAACUGAAAAUUGUGGCUUAGCAAAUAAUCAAUGGGCCCUUGUAAGGACAAAGUUGGGUCCAGUGAAAAGGGAUGCAGACAGUUCAUCCAGAAGGUGAGUUUGCCAUAAACAUUUAAAUAUCCGAGACUGCUGCUCUUUAGUCUGAAGUACUAUUUGGUUGGGCUUAGUUACCCUAAUGGCUGUUAAGUAAUAAUGUAACCUCUGUAGCACUGGUUAAGUAUAAGUCACAGUGAUGGAGGUGUCUUAAAAAUGUAUGUAUGGUAAAAGGUCCAAGCAUUACACACACAUUCUUUUAAUACAAACUUAUUUUCAUCAUUAUUUUGACCACUUGUGCUAGGAGCUCUAUAACAUACCUGAGUGAUGUCUCUUUUAUUUUAUAGUUCUAAAUUUUCAACCUGACUUGGAUCAUUUUUUCUACUCCUUUUAUCAAAGGUGAACUUUGGUAUAAACUUUGCAGUAAAAAUUACUGAUGUGAUGGAUCCGAAUGGGACUUAAGUCCCUGAGAUUCGUACGAGGCUAAAUUCCAGAGAUCGGUAAUGAUUAACCACCUCCCCAUGUAAAACAAAUCCAUUCCAAAUAGGGCUUCAGAGUCGAUGUCAAGCAUAGUAAAGCUGGAUUUGGAAAAUAUAACAGGCUGACAUGAGAACUGUUAACAGGUUUGACAGUCUUUAGUGAGUCUAGGCACGUCUUUCUCUUAGUUUCUACUUUUUUCUAUUGGUUUAAUCAAUCCAUACCAAAUGGCUUCCGAAACAUUCCUUAUGUGAGUGCCUCAGCAAAUCAGCGCCUGUUUAAGUGUCGUAAAACCAGAUUUUCCGGAAGGAUCUCAACCCUCGUCCAGAAGAGAAGCCAGAUGGUAAACAAAAACCUACAUUACAGAUGCUUUGUGUUAGGUCUCGUUUCGAUUCGUCCUGGAGUGCUUAAAGAUAGAAAAUGCUUCAAAUGAGUUGCUGUGUAACAGAGUAACAGUAAUUCUACGCCUACAACGUGGACCAUCAAGUAUUCACAUCUCCAAUGUGGAACUCUUCUGUUAAAUCCUAAAGAUGAAGAAGAAAGUGAAGCACAACAUGGCAAAGAAAAAGGUGGGCAUAGAGGGAGAAGCUUCAGCACCUACAGUGGACAAAUGUGAGGUCUCGACUGGUGAUGAGUCUGCACGGGAAAACCGGCGUCUUCGAAUUUCACAAAGCGACAGCUGCUUCCUUGAGUUCUUAAACAAGGACCGAAGUGCAGUGCCUUCGUUUUGCGACAUAGCCAUCACUGUUUGUGGGGAAAUGUACCCAGCGCACAAGGUGGUGUUAGCAUUUGGGAGCAGCUACUUCCAUGCUAAACUGAGCGAAAACCCUCAGCUGGACCAUAUGACCUUUGACAACGUAGAUAGUUCUACAUUUCAACACUUGCUCAACUUUCUAUACACGUCCGAAUUGGAAGUGCAGCAGAGCCAAAUUCCGUCUUUAUCCGAGGCCGCGUGCUUCUUCGACAUGAUGGAGGCGGUGAAUCUUCUAGCAGGUGAAGCAACACCAACCCGAGUUGCAGAAGAAGGCGAGAAGGAGGAGGAACUGCCAGUGGAGGAACCUGAGAGUUCUUCUUCAGGAGAGCUUAAGAAGCCUCAAACUCCUGGAGAGACCCAGUGUUUGCUUUGCAGCCGGACAUUUUGCUAUAAAAAGUCAUUGGAGAACCACAUGGCCAAGAUGCACAGCCAAGCUGAGGUCGUUGAAUCGACGACUCCCUCAAGCAGCAAACGCAUGUCGACCCGUCAGAGGAGGACACCGAUCAAAUUUGAGAGCCAGGAGAGCAAGUACUGCCUCGGAUUGGAGAACCGUAGGCAAAAGGAUGCCCAUGUGGAUGAAGGAACUACCUCUGUCGAAGAGGAUGAUGAUGAUGACGAUGAUGAGGAUGAUGACGAUGUUAAUAAUGAAGAAAACCAGCAUGAACAAAGCAAAGAAAGAGAACAAAAAGAAACUCUGGAAGCGGAGACAAGUGUGAGAACUGAAGAGGAUACAGAAUGCAGGAAGGAGGUGGAGUCAAACUCUAGUCAUGUGACCAAGGACCAUGAUGCAUCAGUGGCUCAGAGCAGUGGUGGCCAUGUUUACCCAGAGGGCCUUGCUCCAGUGAUCAUCCAAAGUGGCAACAAAAAGAUGCUCAAAUGCCCAAAGUGUGACAAGACAUUUGACCGUAUAGGAAAAUAUGAGAGUCACACGCGAGUACACACGAGAGAAAAGCCGUUUCAGUGUGAUGUGUGUCUGCAACGCUACUCCACCAAAUCCAACCUCACCGUGCACAAGAAGAAACACACUGCUGACGCUCCAGUGCAGAGAAAAGAUCAUAAGUGUCCAUUCUGCAACAAACUUCAUGCCAGCAGAAAGACGCUGGGCAAACAUGUCAAAAGGUUCCAUCCUGACAACAUGCAGGAGUUUCUGAGUAUGAGGAAGAAGAAGAGUGAAGGCUGGAAGUGUGAUAUCUGCCACAAGUCAUUCACACGGCGCCCCCACUUGGAGGAGCACAUGAUCUUACACUCUCAGCACCGCCCGUUUAAAUGCGCCUACUGCGACGACUACUUCAAGUCCCGCUUUGCCCGACUGAAACACCAAGAAAAGUACCACUUAGGACCUUUCCCAUGUGACAUCUGUGGACGGCAGUUUAAUGAUACCGGCAACAGAAAGCGGCACAUCGAGUGCACGCACGGAGGGAAGAGGAAGUGGACGUGCUUCCUGUGCGGCAAGUCGGUCCGAGAGAGGACAACGUUACGGGAGCACCUGAGGAUCCACAGCGGGGAGAAACCACACCUGUGCAGCAUCUGCGGACAAAGUUUCCGCCACGGCAGCUCCUACAGGCUCCAUCUUCGCGUCCACCAUGAUGAUAAACGCUAUGAGUGCGAAGAAUGUGGAAAAGCUUUCAUUCGACACGAUCAUCUAAAGAAACACAAGAAAAUACACACAGGUGAGAGAGCGCAUCAGUGUGAAGAGUGCGGGAAGUGUUUCAGACGCGCCGAUCACCUGAACGUCCACUACAAAAGUAUUCACCUGGGAGAGAAAGUGUGGAGAAAGUACAAGGCUGUAGUGCACCAGUGUGAAGUGUGCAAGAAAGAGUUCAGAGGAAAAACCAAUCUGAUGACGCACUUCAGGACGCAUUCAGGAGAGAAGCCUCACCGCUGUGUGAUCUGCAACCAAACCUUCCGCAUCAAGAAAACUCUGACCAAGCACAUGGUCAUCCACUCUGAGGUGCGCCCUUUCAGCUGCCCUCACUGCAGCGCCGCCUUCAAACGCAAGGACAAGCUUAAAUACCAUGUGGACCACGUCCACAGUGCGCGCCCUCCCAACCCAGCCUCAUCCCAAACACCUGAAACGUCCAAAACUUCCAAAUCGGCUGAAGUGUGCGUCCCUGUUGCUUUGGUGCCAGUCCAAAUUCCUGAGGAAGCCGGAGCUGAUCUCCAGCAGCAGCCGGGUGGAUAUCAGCCGUCCACUGAUCUGGUCUUUCUGGAAAAAUACACGCUCACUCCUCAGCCAGCCAACAUCGUGCACCCGGUGCGGUCGGAUCAGAUCCUGGACCCGAGGGAGCCCUCAUACCUCAGCACACUGCUCGGCCUCGACUCGGCCUCCUCUGAGCAUGCUCAGUAGCGUUUUAAAAGCUCACCUAAUAUGAUCAUGAAACAUCAUUAGACUUUUAUUAACAUUUUCCCUUUUGUUCACAUGCAAUCCUUUUUUUAUUUAUUUUAGAAUUCUCUAGUAAGAGUACUGUCAAGGGCAAAAGUUUGCAUCCCAUUUGAAGACAAAAUUUUUAACUAAUAUCAACCAUUUAAUAUGUUUUGCAGAUAAGUGUAUCAUAGUCAAAAGUGUAUAAUAAGAUUAUCAUGAAAAACAAAUUACAGUUACAUCAAAUCAGGUAUACCACAUUGUUGCUGAAUUCUUGAAUCUGAUUGGUCCGAUGGUGUUGAUUAAUUUUCAGCUCUAAUACAUUUGAAUAAGUUAUCGUUUCUAUGGUAGUGGCUCAUUCACAGGAAAUUGUACAGCGGAAGUUCCACGUCAUCUAUAAUAAUAGAUAAUUAUAAUAAACGGGUUUAGAAAUGUUAUUUAGAGAAGAAAAAAGAAAACCUUUUCAUUUUAUUUGUUAUGUAACUUAUGUACUUCCGUUAUUUGCCAUUCUUCCACACAUUUCUGUAAUACGCCGUUUGUCACAGAAUGUUUUUUCCUUAGAUCAGAUCUGGAGAUUGAAAAAUUAUUUUCUUUUUUUCCCCUUGUCAUACAAUACACACAUGUUGCAUGUUUAACAUUUUGGAGUGAAAUCUUUUUUUUAUUUUAAAAAAUAAUUUUUUUAAAUUAUAAAAUAGAAGUACAUUUUCACUUUUUGCAUUCAGAAAGCGUGGGGGUGUGUGCAAACCUUUUGAUUUCACACUGUAGUUACAGUUCUGAGCAUGCUCACUACAUAUCCAUCAAAUGUGUUAUUAUGGCUAAUAGACACAAGAACAUUUCAAACGCAAUAGAUAUGCAACAACAUAGUGUGACUGGAUGUGAGGGGUAAAUAAACAGGAUUUGGCCUGGUCUAUUCUGUAAUAAGCAAAUUGCACAUAUGUCCUGUAAUGGAUACUAUAGAUGUUGUUACUGGUGAUGUACUGGUGUUACUGGUUGUUACUGGUGAUGUAGUGAGAUAACAUAUAAUGAAAUCUGAUUAUAUUAUUGUUUUAUCUUUUGUUGUUUAUAUAAUCCUCAACAGUAUGAUUUGGGUUUAUGAUAUAGCACUUACUGUAUACUGUUGGGUCCAGUGAAAUGUUGGAUAAGUUUAUGUAUAAAAUUGUGCUGAUGAAGGAAAAAUAUAGAAUAUACAGUAGUAUUAAAAUGUAACAGCAUUUAAAGUCAAACCAGUUUUGUCUAAAACUGAUGACAGCAUCACUAUUACCAGUUCAGUGUUCUACUAAAACAUGAGCGAGAACAUGCAAAACUCCACUCAGAGAGUAACCUGAGCUCAGGAUCAAUCCAGGCACCCUGGAACUAUGAGGCGGCCACGCUAAUUAAAACGUAUUUACAAAUUAAAAUGUUAAAAGUUUGGUGGCAUAAGUAUUUAUCCCCAUUGCUGUGAACCCUCUACGUUAGUUCUGGUUGCCAUCAGAAGUGACAUAAUUAGUGUCAAAUUCCAUUGUAUGGAAUUCCAAGUAUAAAUUCACCUGUUCCUGGAACAUUCCAGAGUUUGGAAGCUACCUGCAUGGUGGCCCUGUAGGCUAAGCGGUACAGAAAAUGGAUGGAUGGAAUGAGGAGGCCAUCCACUAAAAGUGAGCAGAUUAGUUGGAGAAUCAACCAAGAGGCCAAGAAUAACACAUAACGUGAUGCUACCACCAUCUUGCUUGGGCAUGGGGUCCUCAUGGUGAUGAAGUUUUAGAUAGUCCAUAAUCAGAAAAGCACACUGUUAAAUUCUUGAACCUGGUCAGAAGGUGUUCAUUAAUUUUUGUAUAAUACCUGCUCUGACCAAUCAGUUUGGUUAAGACGUUCAGUGGUUAAGACGAUAGACUCCUGAUUAGAAGGAUGAGCAUUCAAAUCCCAGCAUCACCAAGCUGCCCCUACCGGGCCCUUGAGCAAGGCCCUUAACCCUCAAUGCUCAGUUGUAUAAGUGAGAUAAUUGUAAGUUGCUCUGGACAGCGGCACCUGCCAAAUGCCAUAAAUGUGAAAUAUAUUCCAGAACUCAACAGCACCAUGAUGUUAUGUUAAUUAAGGAAAAACUCAUUCAUAUCCUUAAGGUUAAGUGGGAAGAUUAUCAGCCUGAUUGUCUUAAUUGUUCAAUUAACUUAAUGAUCUUGUUAGCACUCCUUAAUAAGUCAUGGCCAUAUAGCUUUAUUAAGUAGAGAUAGUUACAUAUCCACAUCUUGUUAUCACAGUGACUUAUUAUUAGCAGUAUUAAUAAAGAUCAUCACCAUUAUGAAAGGUGAAGUGGUAACCCAAACAUCCGUUUACAGUGUUUAUAAAGUGGCGGGGGCGUGGUCGAGUGCCGGUUUGCAAAUGGAAGGUGGAGCCUGGGGAAUGAGUGGUAGGGUUGAGUGUGCACCUGUGUGGUGCUUUUUCUUCAACGUUUGCAGAGAGAGAGUGAGAGAGCGCAAAAUAAUGUGAGUAAAUGUUAAUAGUUGCCUGGUGAACAAUUCAUUCAGAAGGCAGUAUAAGAUGAAGAUCCUACCAAGUUUUGUGUCAGUGCAUGAAGUUGUCGCUGAGAUACAGCCUCACUUCCUAUUUGGCAGCGUCACUGUCAGAUUCAUUGGCCCAUUACGAGCAAACUGUUUGGAGCGAUCAAAUUGUGAGGCUUACUCUGAAGAUGGCGUGUGUCAAAUUUCGUCAUGAUUGGACAAAAUUUGUAGCAGGAGUAGUGAAAAAACAAUUUUUGGCAAAAUGCAAAUCUAAUGAGGCAAAAGUUUACAUCAUAUGGUGUGCUGAACUCGUCUCAAACGAGGGAAUCCAGGGAGGCUUUUAAAUUUUGGACACAUGGUUCAAAAGUUAUGACCUUAAAUGUACUUCCAAAUUUGGCCAAAAUAUGACCCCAAUGAUGGUGCUAGAGCAUUGGCAGCACUUGGCCCAAAUGUGGUCAGAAUGUUCCUUAGACCCUCCUCAAUCAGUGUGCCAAAUUUUACAACUUUUUACCAGAUGGUUCUAUGGGCUGCCAUAGACACCCUACCCAGAAGAAGAAGAAGAAGAAGAAGAAGAAGAGGAAAAAGUAGAAUACAAAUAGGGUGCCUACACACCUUUGGUGCUUGGACCCCUAAUAAUAAGAGGCAAUAGUAUUAUCAGUAUAGUAUUAAUUUCUGCAAAUUACUAAUGUGUUAGAAUUAACAAAUAGUUAUAUUCUUGUUCUAACCUUUUCUUAUUCUUCUUCUUCUGCAGCUGCUUCUUCUUCUGACAGCAAAGCCUCCAAACAGGACAUGAGUCUCUAUCUCAGCAACAACUUUGCGCACUGACACAAAUCUUGGUAGGCAUCUUCAGGACCAUUAGCUGACCCUAUGCAACAAAUUUCGUGCCAGUGCCACCUACUGGUCAAAAGUAACAGUAACGUGAAAAAAUUGCUUACAUCUAACUGCCAUUUUCGCUACUCAUCCUCCAAAUUUUGUCCAAUUUUCACCAAAUUUGGCUCACAUCAUCUUGAAACCUGUCUGAACAAAACUUAUAAAAGGAAUUUUGAUAUUCAAAUGGUUCUCCUGUAACGUGCUGGCAAAUGCAAAAAACAGGAUGUGAGCAUGUAUCUCAGCAAUGCAUCUAAGUAUCUUCAGGACCAUGCCCUGAAUGUACCCAAGACGUUUUGUGACUAUGCCACCUUUUGGUCAAGAACUGUAACAACUACAAUUUUUUUCCUUAUCAUUUGAAGUUCUUCAUUUGAACUGUGAAUUUCACAGUUCAGUUUUCCUAUAAUUCCUUGGAGUAUGCUGAAGUGAAUGCACACCAACAUCUAAAAUUGAAGUGUACUUCCUGUCAACCAUCUUGGAUUUUGUUAAAAACAGUUUUUUCACUACUUCUACAAAUUAUGUCCAAUCAACACCAAAUUUGGCAUACAUCAUAGUCAGACCAACCUGGACAAAAGUUAUUGAUAUUCCAAAUGGUUUGCCCUUAAUGUGCCAACAAAUCUGAUGGCGAAGCCACCAAACAGGAAGUGAGGCUGUAUCUCAGCAAUGACCUUGCACACUGACACAAAUCUUGGUAGGCAUCUUCAGGAUCAUGGCCUGAGGCUAUUCAACAAAUUUCAUGACAGCGCCACUUAUUGGUCAAAAGUUACAAUAAAUGCAGAAAAUGCUACUCCUCCUAUAAAUAUAACUCAUUAACUUAUUCAUUUUAUACUUCUUUAUUGAAAUCAUUCAGACCUCUCAAGUGACCUGGUAAGAUGUAUUGUGUCUAAAGAAAUGGAUUAAAUGUUAAGUUACUUCAUUGUAAUCACUCUCACUGGCUUCUUGUUUUCUGAUGUAGCCAGUGAACGCCACAUCCAUUUACUUUGAUAUUAUACCAAACAGAUUGCAAUUCUACAUUCGAUCGACAUUUUCCCUCAUGAAACAUUUCAAUAUUUUUGUACUAAUGUUAUGGAGUUUGAAAGACAAUCCAGUUUUCCCGAUUUUGUAGACAUGUUGGAAAUGUGCGUUCUAGCCUCUAAAUUGAUUGUUAUUAAUUGGCAGUCUAAUUAAAUCACUUUGCUUAAUUGAAACAGCUUGUUUGUAACAUUUCAGCGGCUGAAAGUAUCAGACUGAAUUUCAGUUAUAAACAUAAAUACAGAGCCCAAAAGUGCAGAAAGAUUUGGACACCACAAAGCUACUAAGAAUGGAUAUACAGUACUGUGCAAAAGUCUUAGGCACCCUGUAUUUUUUAGUACAAACUUUUUUUUAAAUAGAUUUUUAUUUUAUGACUUUUGCAUUAUUGAGUCAGUACGAAAACAUUUUAGAAUUCCAAACAUUAGUUUUCCAGCACAAAAUUAAAUGUUACAGAAAAAUGUUUGUAUUUCAAUGUUUGCAGCAGCAUAUUACGCAAGAGACCAC